AUUCAAAUCUCCUCCGCUCGACUAUACCUUCUCUCGCCGCCUCCCAAUUCAAACGCAAAUCAAGCGCAUGCCGCCGAUCAUUCCGGUGGCGAUCCACAACGACUACUUGCCCUAUCCGUCCCGCUCCAUCUCGCCCGUCCAUCUCCGCACUAACGGUUGCGUUCCUCCGCUUCCUUUUUAAAUACGCUCCCCACCCCUGCACCUACUGUCUCCACUCUUCUCCCCACUCUGCUCCUCACCAACCGCAUCCGCUCCGAGGUUUGCGCGUCGUCUCCCCUCCUAGAGAAGUUGAUCAGGAAGUGGUGGUGGACAUGGGCCAGAUCCAGUACUCUGAGAAGUACUUCGACGACACCUGUGAGUACAGGCACGUCGUCCUCCCGCCCGAGGUCGCCAAGCUCCUCCCUAAGAAUCGCCUUCUCUCCGAGAACGAGUGGCGCGCGAUCGGCGUGCAGCAGAGUCGCGGGUGGGUGCACUACGCCAUCCACCGGCCGGAGCCGCACAUCAUGCUGUUCCGCCGCCCGCUCAACUACCAGCAGCAGCAGGAGGCGGCUGCCGCGGCCGCGGCGCAGAUGCUGCCCAAGUGACGCUCCGGCGACGAAUAGGGGUUUGGAGCGUGGAAACCCUUUGCCCUUUUCAUCUCCAAAAGGGUGUUUGCGAUACUGUUGAUCGAUUAAUCUGGUUGUUGGUUGGGAUCUAGUGGUCGAUCUUGGUGGUGUGUCCGCCUUGUGUUCGUGGAAAUGCCUGGGAAGGAACCGGGGCAUGUGCUAGUCUGUGUUAUCAUGGGUACUCUUAAUUACACCAAGUGUUAUGGUUGAUACUGCUGUUAAUCUGUCAUGUGAUGAUGUGGCUUCGGUUGAUACUGCUGUCGAUCUGUUAUGUGAUGAUCUAGUUGUGCUU